UCCCGAUGAAAUAGAAUCCGGCCAGACGAGUUUUGUACUCUGCCACUCCAUUUUCCGACCAUUCAUCGAAUCAUCCGAAUAAGAAAAUCUCCCUGAAAGGAGAGGAGGGAGAGAGAGAGAGAGAGAGAGAGGGAAGGAGAGAAGCCGAACGUAGACUCAGCGGAAUCCCUCAGUUGGGGCUCAAUCGCCACGCUUCUCACCUGUGAUUUCUUUCUUAAGUGUUUUUGUUUGCGCCACUCACCGACUGGUUCAAUCUUGUCUGUAUCUUUUUUUUUUAUCGUUUUCUGUUUUUUGUCUCUCUCUCUAUCUCUCUCGGCGUGUGAGCUGUUUGUUAACCCGUUUUCUUCUUGGCCUGAGGAAACAGAGUCGUUUUCUCUUUCUUAUUAGGGCAAUUUUUAGAGCUUAGUAUAGGUACGAACGAUAUUAGAAACCCUAGUUUUCAAUAGGUUGUUAGAAUUUACACUUUUAGUGGUUUAGUUUAUUUUUCAACUCAUGGCAUUUGAUCAGAACGCCAUUCCUACAGGCUUGCGGCCUUUAAAUGUAGCUAGAACUUUAGUUGAAGAUUCCCAUCUAACGCCGAUUGCUAAUACUGGUCGAAACCACCAAAGGGUUACUCCUUUGCAUCCCUGCGACAUUGCCAAUGCAGACACUUUGCCUGUUCCUUGUAAGGGGAAUGUCUCUGAUAUGGGACUUGUUGAGCUAGGAUAUCGAAAUUUAGUUGCUGGUGUUACCGCAUGGUGCCCUAGAAUGCCUCCUCCCCUUGCGCAUACUGCAACGGUUCCUGCCGUAGGACUUGGUUAUGUCAUGAGCAAUCGUAGAGGUGCCAAUGCCAUUGAGCUUGCUAGUAGUUGCAUAACAGUUGGGCCUAAUCAUAAUACAAAUUUAGGUCAUCGAGUUGGGGGAGGUGGAGUGGAAUUUGUAAGCAGUAAUAUGUCAAUGGGAUCUGGGGAUAGUACCAAUUUAUGCAAUAAGGUGACUGGUAAUGAUGAACAAAUUAGUAGUGAUAGUACUUCUGGAUUUAGCUCUCACUUGAGGAGUCCGGUUGGUGGAAAUGGUGGAAAUGCGGUUGAUCAAGUGAGUGAGGAGGGUGGAGAUGGUUCCAUUUCGAAAAAGAAAGUUAAGUUUAUGUGCAGUUUCGGCGGCAAGAUUUUUCCUAGACCGAGUGAUGGUAUGUUGAGAUACAUUGGAGGCCAAACAAGGAUUAUAAGUGUUAGAAGAGAUGUGACUUUCAAUGAGCUUGAGCGAAAGAUGGCUGAUACCUGCGGGCAGGCUGUGGUUAUAAAGUAUCAGCUCCCUGAUGAGGAUCUUGACGCUUUAAUAUCUGUUUCAUGUCCUGAUGAUCUUGAUAAUAUGAUGGAUGAGUAUGAGAAGCUGGUUGAGAGGUCUUCAGAUGGAUCAGCUAAAUUGAGGAUGUUUUUGUUCUCUGCUUCAGAACUUGACUCUUCAGGUAUGGUGCAAUUUGGCGAUUUGCAUGAUAGUGGGCAGAGAUAUGUUGAAACGGUGAAUGGGAUAUUUGAUGGUGUUAGUGGCCGUAUUACAAGGAAAGAGAGCUGUGUAAGUGCUACCUCAACUCAGAAUUCUGACUUAAGUGGGACUGAGGCAAUGGAUAUCCCAAAUAAUGAUCUAGGGGUUGUGAGCGGACCUCCAUCCACAACAUUGCCCUUACCUGGAGGAAAUUUAGGUACUGCAGUUGCUAUUGGCCCUGGAUUGGUGAAGGUUGAUCCCGUCUCUGCAGUUUUGUUAGAUGCCUCUGCUGUUCCAUCAAGCAUUCCUGUGGUUAACCCUGUUCCUCCUGGAGCUUCUUUCCAGCCUGAGAUAGAGUUGGGAAGGUCUGUGCCUGUUACUCUAAUGCAGCAGCAACCGGGUGUUGAACUUUCUCCACCUGUGUCUUGUUUACAGCCUACUGGUGAUCCUCGACAAGCAGCAUGUGUGGACUUCAUACAAUUUCGUCCACAACUAGGCUUUCCAAACUCCCAUCAUAUAGGGGCAUCUGGAUCUGUGUUUAUACAACAGCCAAAUACUCUUGGGAUUACUCCUCAUCAGUUUGUCCCUGCAGUUCACAUGACAAUGGCUCCUUCUUCUCGCCCCGGUGUUAUGCCAAAUGCCUACCAAUCGUUGGUUCAAUAUCCACAAUCCCAGACAGAAUGUUUUUCCAACCCAAGCACAUUUGGUCCAAGGGUUGUCCAGCUAUCAGCAGAACAAGGCUACAACUCAGUCCAGGUUCCAGCUCCUCCAGUAUCAGUAGGGGUUGGAUUUGGUUUACAUCAGGUACCUUGGUCUGAUCAGACAGUUACAUCUGAUGAAUUGGCAUCUCAUCAUCAGGCAACUUUUCCUGAGAAGAUUGAGAGGUUGGAUGACUGUUACUUCUGCCAGAAAGCAAUGCCACAUGCUCAUUCCAAUUCUUCAUUGCAGGAUCAAAGCGAUAAUUUGGCGAACCCUGUAACUGAUUCAAAAUUUUCGUAUUACAGUCAUCACCCUGAAGAUCAUUUAACAGCCCAUCCAAUGAAAAAUGUCACAGAAACUGUAGCUUUGGGGCAAUCUACAAUUGAACAUGGUGUUGGAGUUCAAACCAGGAUCUUUAAUCCCACAGAUCCAGAAGUUGAAAAACCUUCUGUGGAGGCUAUUAGCUUCCCACAACACUUGGAGGAUCGACAUGAGAAUGAAAACACUCUAAAAGAUCAAUGUAAUCAUGAUCCUGCUAGGAUCUCAGCUCCCCAAGGUGCUCUUGGGAGGCAAGGUGAUUUCCAGUCACCCCAUGUUGCUGUUGUAGAACAGAUUCCUCAGUGUGGUGAAAUUGAUACUCUCCAGCACCAUCAUGUAGCUGUAGAGAAUCAGUUCCAUCCAAAUUUAGUCGUGGAUAGACACAAUAUUUGCUUUAGCGCUGCUCCUUUUCUUGCUUCAGAGUACAACACUCACGACAAUCCGAAAGAAUAUUCUAAUAGUCAUCCUGACAUCAUUCCAAACCAAAAUGCUACCCUCACUGGAAUUCAGCAUGACCAUCUCGGACCAAUUGUUGGAAAUUUGGAAAGUCUAAGUAUAUGCCCACCUGAUAUUUGUGCUAAUUUGGAUCACUGCAAAUCACCCAUUGAAAGAACUAGGAAGGAGGACAAUUUUGGAAACUGUUUACAACCAGUCUCAGAGAGGGAAGUUCUACUAGACAACAACUUUGUAAAGCCAAUGACGUUUCUUGACCCAAAUCACAUAAAAUCAACUACGUUCGCUUGCUCUUCAUUAGAGGUUCCCUAUUUGAUGAAUGAAAGGCCUGUUGAGUCCAGUGAAGUGACACAACCUUCUGUCGGGGGCUCUCCCGGAACACUACCACAAACAGAAAAGGGGAUACAAUAUUUAGAAUCCAAUGAAGUCUGUCAUAGCAGAAAUCUCCACCUAUUUGACAUGAAGACUGAACAAAGAAAUAAUGAAAUCCCAGUUUCUGCUGAAUGGAAGGACCCUUCUCUAUUUGAAUCCAGGAUAGUAUCUGGUGAUGUUGAAUCCGUGUCUUUGCCUAUCAGGACUGGAAAUGUAGAGGACACUGCGAAUUCACUUUUCAGCAAUCAGGAUCCUUGGAACUUGCAGCACGACACUCAUCUUUUGCCUCCUAGACCAAAUAAAAUCCAACCAAGGAAUGAAGCCCUUGCCACCAGGGAACCCUUGACAGAGACUCCUUUCAGAAACGUUGGUGAACUAAAUGUGGAAACGUUACUGGAUGAUGGAGUAUGUCACUCAUUGGUUAAUUCAAACAAGGGCUCUUCAGAGGAACAAAUUAGGAAAGAUCUCCAAGCUGUUGCUGAGGGAGUGGCUGCUUCUGUUCUUCAGUCAGCUCAAUCCUCCAACUCUGAAUUGAAUGAAAGAAGCAGUUCAGUUUGUGAGACUAGCACCGAAAGAGAUGUUCAAAAUAAUGAUGUGGAUGGCAGGACAAGACAUUCAGAUAAAGCAAAUAUUGGUUUUCCAAUGUCAGAAGGCCUUGGCCGCUUGCAGGUAAUAAAGAAUAGCGACCUUGAAGAAUUAAGAGAAUUGGGGUCUGGCACCUUUGGCACUGUUUAUCAUGGAAAAUGGAGGGGAACUGAUGUUGCUAUCAAACGAGUCAAUGAUAGGUGUUUUGCUGGAAAGCCUUCUGAACAAGAUCGCAUGAGAGAAGAUUUUUGGAAUGAAGCAAUUAAGCUUGCUGAUUUGCACCACCCAAAUGUGGUUGCUUUUUAUGGUGUUGUGCUUGAUGGUCCUGGGGGAUCUGUAGCCACAGUAACAGAAUAUAUGGUCAAUGGUUCGCUCAGAAAUGCUUUGUUGAAGAAUGAAAAGAGUCUUGACAAGCGGAAGCGCCUCUUGAUUGCUAUGGAUGCGGCUUUUGGAAUGGAAUACCUGCACAGAAAGAAUAUAGUGCACUUUGAUUUGAAAAGUGAUAACCUGCUGGUCAAUCUUCGAGAUCCUCAUCGCCCAAUAUGCAAGGUUGGUGACUUGGGCCUGUCAAAGGUGAAACGUCAGACAUUGAUUUCAGGUGGUGUGCGAGGAACACUUCCAUGGAUGGCACCUGAGCUUUUGAAUGGUAGUAGCAAUAUGGUAUCUGAGAAGGUCGAUGUGUUUUCCUUCGGUAUUGUCUUGUGGGAGCUCCUUACUGGAGAAGAACCUUAUGCAAAUUUGCAUUAUGGGGUUAUUAUAGGUGGCAUAGUAAGCAACACAUUGCGACCAGAAGUACCGGAGUCUUGUGAUCCAGAAUGGAGGUCACUGAUGGAGAGAUGCUGGUCAUCAGAGCCAUUAGAGAGGCCAAGCUUCACUGACAUUGCAAGUGAACUCCGCUCCAUGGCCGCAAAAGUUCCUUCGAAAGUACCCAACUAGCUGCUGUAGCUCCCUUCACCUAACUUCAUCUUCAAGUUCUACGUAAGUACAUUGUUCAAAGAUUUGUUUUUUAGCACUAACAAAGAGAGAUAGGUCAGAGUAGUUAGCAAUGCAUACAUAGCCCCUUUUAAUUUCAAUUUGCAACUAUUUUGAUUAUGAUUAUUUGUUAGCAUUCUUUUGUUUUCCAAAUAUGAUACACUCUUUUCCCUUA